UAAGAAUCAAGAGCAGAGGAUUGUAUUGCUAUGAUAGCUGGAUCGUUAGCUCUGUCAGUAGUUCUACUAGCUAGCUAGUACUGUACUCAUUAUAUCUAAUAUCGGCAGGAUGAAUAUCGGCAAGCAAUCUCUCCUGUUCUUGGCCCUUGUGGCCAGCAUGAUCAUGGCCGCGAGUGGCGAGAAUCUCCUUCGAGCUGCUAGUCGCGGAGGAACGGUGGCCCAAGCUCGCAAGCUUGACUCCUCUUCCGACGAAGCCGACGAAGACUCGGGGAGCAAUGACGGAGACAACGGAGACGUCGAUCCCGCCGACGAUGGAUCAGACGGAACUGCCGAGAAUAUUGAUUGGAGUACGAUCCUUGAGGACGAAGAGGUUGUGGAACCUAUCGAUCCCGUCGACGACGGUGAUUCGGCAGACCCGGGUGAGGGUAUUGAUUGGGCAUCACUCAUUGCGGAAGCAGAACAGGACGAUGCAUCGUUGCAGUCGAUUCAUGAACCCGAUGAAACCGAGUCAGAUGUUGUAUCCGAUCCAGACUCAAACGACGGCCCAUCCGAGUCAGAUGUUGUAUCCGAGCCAGACUCCACCGCGGCCGAGGAAAACGACAGCGACGAUUCCAGUGAUGAUAGUUCCGACGACGAAUCGGCAAGCGCGGACUAGAAUGUCUCUGAAGGAAACCAGCCAAAGCACGCGAUGGAUGGUGAGAACUGUUCCGUGCUACGCACCGUAUGAGUGAAAGCUGCCUCCCGUUUGGUGAGUAUAAGUAUGCAUGCCCACAACAAAGUUUACAUUGAAGAAGUAUCAUCGCAAUUGAUUAAAAUAGGAAAACCAGAUUGCAGUAUG